UUGUGCCGUGCGUUUCAUUCAUGUCAACAUGUUACACAGUUAGCGAGCUAGUUCAGAAUAGUAGCGUCUUUCUUGAUACAUUUUGUGUCUCUACGUGUUUUGGUGCUGCCGGCAGCAGCCAUGGCUGAAGAGGUGCGCUGCUUAAAGGCACAGCUAGAGGAGAAAGAGAAAGAGAUUGCUGCUCUGAAGAAUAAAGUGGCACAACUGGAAAAGAGCCAGGCCUCAGUGCUGGAGCUGCAUGACAAAGUGACACCCCUCAGCCCCCUGAGAGCCAAACCAGCCCUCAGCAAUGAGGACAUCAUGCGGUACAGCAGACAGCUUCUUCUGCCCCAGCUGGGUGUUCAAGGUCAGCUCAACUUAUCCAAGACCUCAGUGCUGAUUGUGGGCUGUGGAGGACUGGGCUGCCCCCUGGCACAGUAUCUUGCAGCAGCAGGCAUCGGGCGCCUGGGCCUGCUGGAUUAUGAUGACGUGGAGCUCAGUAACCUGCACAGACAGGUGCUUCAUGGGGAGGAGAACCAGAACCAAGCAAAGGCUCUUUCUGCUGCCAGUGCAGUUAAAAGGUUGAACUCAACAGUACAGUGUAUCCCCUACCACCUGCAGCUCUCGCCAGAGAACGCCUUGCAACUCAUUCAACAAUAUGACAUUGUGGCUGACUGUUCAGACAAUGUCCCCACUCGUUAUCUGGUGAAUGACGCCUGUGUGCUCAGUGGCAAGCCUCUGGUGUCAGCAAGUGCCCUGAGAAUGGAGGGACAGCUGACAGUAUAUAACUACCGUGGAGGCCCCUGCUACAGAUGUCUUUAUCCAGUCCCCCCACCUGCAGAGACAGUGACCAACUGUUCUGAUGGAGGGGUGUUAGGAGUGGUUCCAGGGAUAAUGGGCUGCUUCCAGGCUUUGGAAGUCAUCAAGAUUGCCUCUGGACAGGGCUCUUCCUGUGGCCAGCAACUGGUGAUGUUUGACGCUCACGAUACCAGAUUCAGGUCCAUCAAGUUGCGGCCAAAGCAGGCCGGCUGUGCGGUGUGCGGAGAGAACCCCAGUGUGACCCAGCUGGUGGACUACGAGGCUUUUUGUGGGUCUGCUGCCACUGAUAAGUGCCGCAAACUCAACCUCCUUUCCAGAGAUCAGAGGAUCACAGUGCAGGAUUAUAAAUCGAUACUGGACAACGCAGAGCCUCAUCUCUUGUUGGAUGUGCGCCCUCUUGUGGAGGUGGAUAUAUGCCACUUACCCUUCUCUCUCAACAUUCCCCUCUCAAGUUUAGAGGAAAGAAAGAGCGACCAUAUUCAAUUACUUCAGGAGAGAAUCGGCCAAUUGAAGCAGCAGAUGGAAGGUGACUGCCGGCCUCCAGUGUAUGUGAUCUGUAAGCUGGGUAACGACUCUCAGAAGGCUGUGCAGGUUAUGGAGAAGAUGAGUGGAUCAGAAGUGGACGGUAUCACAGUGAAAGACAUCAGUGGGGGACUCAUGGCGUGGGCGAGGAGAAUAGACCUCACAUUCCCACAGUAUUAAUCCAUUUAAAAUGCCUUUUUUUGUGAAUAAACUUUGCAUUCUGUU